GAAUAAAUCUCUCUCACGAGCGUUUCUUGUUCUGCUCCUUUCUUCUUCUUGUUCUUCUUCAAUUCGUUUCCACCCUUAGCUCCACAGCGAAGGAGGAGAAAGAGAGCGGGAUCAGAUCGCGAUCGGAUCUAGGGUUUAUCUUUCAGGAACAGCAGGGUAUCUGAUUUAGGGUUGUUCAAGUAGAAGGGUCCAAUGGCUGCAUCAGAAGAAAAUAGCUCAUUGUUUCCCAUUUUUAUUUUGACAAUAAUGGCACUUCCUUUGGUGCCUUAUACAAUAGCCAAGUUAUGCCGUGCUGUCUCGAAGAAAGCGAGGACCAUACAUUGUCAGUGUUCCGAAUGUGAACGUUCAGGGAAGUACAAGAAAUCCAUAUUUAAGCGGAUCUCAAAUUUCUCGACAUGCAGUAACUUGACACUUGUGCUGCUCUGGGUCGUUAUGAUAUUCUUGAUAUACUACAUUAAGAACAUGAGCCGCGAGGUUCAAGUUUUCGAACCAUUUAGUAUACUUGGAUUGGAACCUGGAGUUUCGGAUUCAGAAAUUAAAAAAGCAUAUAGGAGGCUGUCCAUCCAAUACCAUCCUGAUAAAAACCCAGAUCCAGAGGCCCAUAAAUAUUUUGUGGAGUUCAUAUCUAAAGCUUACCAGGCUUUGACGGAUCCCAUAUCUCGUGAAAACUUUGAGAAGUAUGGCCAUCCAGAUGGCAGACAGGGAUUUCAAAUGGGCAUUGCUCUUCCUCAAUUUCUCCUAGACAUAGAUGGAGCAUCUGGUGGCAUAUUAUUACUGUGGAUAGUCGGUCUUUGUAUUCUCCUACCCCUUGUGGUUGCUGUGAUAUAUCUCUCGAGGUCAUCAAAGUAUACCGGGAACUAUGUUAUGCACCAGACACUUUCGGCCUACUAUUAUCUAAUGAAACCCUCUUUAGCACCAAACAAAGUUAUGGAAGUUUUCACCAAGGCAGCUGAAUACAUGGAGAUUCCUGUUCGUAGAACUGAUGACGAGCCUCUCCAGAAGCUCUUUAUGUCGGUCAGGAGUGAGUUAAAUCUGGACCUGAAGAACAUUAAGCAAGAGCAGGCUAAGUUUUGGAAACAGCAUCCUGCGAUAGUCAAGACCGAACUGUUGAUUCAGGCUCAGUUAACUCGUGAAUCAGCAGUCCUCUCUCCAGCUCUGCUUCAUGAUUUCAGCCGUGUGCUAGAGCUUGCACCUCGCCUUCUUGAAGAGUUGCUGAAGAUGGCGGUUAUACCUCGAACUGCCCAAGGGCAUGGAUGGCUGAGACCCGCUAUUGGAGUAGUGGAGCUCUCUCAAUGCAUUGUGCAGGCCGUUCCCCUUAGCGCGAGGAAAUCAUCUGCGGGAUCUUCUGAAGGCAUUGCUCCAUUCUUGCAGCUUCCUCAUUUCAGUGAGGCCAUCAUCAAGAAGAUAUCGCGGAAGAAGGUCAGAUCAUUCCAGGAGCUACAAGAAAUGAGCUUGGAAGACCGGUCUGAACUGCUCACCCAGGUUGCGGGAUUGUCGGCUUCUGAUGUGGCAGACAUCGAGAAGGUUCUAGAGAUGAUGCCGUCUCUGACAAUAGACAUAACCUGCGAGACGGAAGGCGAAGAAGGCAUCCAAGAGGGCGACAUCGUAACCAUUCAAGCUUGGGUCACUCUCAAACGACCCAACGGCCUAAUCGGCGCCCUUCCUCAUGCCCCGUUCUUCCCCUUCCACAAGGAGGAGAACUACUGGUUCCUUCUCGCAGAUUCCGUCUCGAACAACGUCUGGUUCUCUCAGAGAGUGAACUUCAUGGAAGAAGCAGCGGCCAUAACCGCCGCUUCGAAGGCCAUCGGGGAGACGAUGGAAGGGUCGGGAGCGAGCAUAAGGGAAACGAACGAUGCAGUGAGGGAAGCGAUAGAGAAGGUGAAAAACGGGUCGAGGCUGGUGAUGGGGAAAUUCCAAGCGCCGGCAGAGGGGACGUACAACUUGACUUGCUUCUGCUUGUGCGAUUCGUGGAUCGGUUGCGACAAAAAGAUGCCGAUGAAGGUGAAGAUUCUGAAGAGAACCCGGGCCGGGACCCGUGGAAUGGUAACAGAAGAGGGAGUGAUGGCGGAAGAUGGUAUGGAGGAGGAAGAGGAGAUCGAGGAAGAGGAUUACGACGAUUAUGAGAGCGAAUACAGCGAAGACGAGGACGAGAAGAAAGGAGGGUCGAAGAAGAAGGCGAAUGGGUCUUUGAACAAGAAAGAGUCGAGUUCUGAAGAAUCGGGUUCGGAGGAAGAGUGAUGGAAGGUGAGGUUAGAACACUCUCUCUCCAAGGACCUUUUUUUUCCUAAUAUGAUGCUCGUUUAGACUCGGUGGUGGUUUAGCUUUUUUAUUUGUACUGUCAAAGUUUUUUGAUGAAUUUUUUACGACUUGGAUAUUCAUCACAGAGGGGAUAUAAUUCUUCUGAAAUUGAAAA